GUUCCCUGGAGGCCACACUGCCGCGGGAAAUGGUGUCACGGCGCAAAAUACUGUCCCGCUCGCGGGACGACCUCAAUCUGGAUCAAUCGUACAUCACACAGGAGGAGGAGGAGGACGUCUGGUAUCAGAAGGAGAAGCUCUACAAGGAACACAUUCAAGAAGUGCUGGACAAAUGGACACAGAUCGACGACGAAAUCUGGGCCAAAGUGAUCGUCUUCGAGCGGAACCGCCGGGUGGCGAAAGCGUACGCCCGCGCACCAGUCCUCACGAUCAACGGGUCCGACGAUGGGUUCGAUGGCAUGAGAAUUGGCCUUUGCGGGUUCGACAAUCCGAUGCGCGAUCACAAAACGGAUGAGGUUAAGCGACACGUUGGACAGGGCGUUAAGAUCAAGAUGGACGACGCUGGCAACAUUCUCAUCAGACGCUACUCCAAGAGCAACGUGUACGUCAAAAGCACCGCCAGCCAGCCGAACGAGGAGACGGCGAUCGGUGCGGACAUCCUGAAGCUGCCCUCGCAGGCGAUAGAGAGUGAAAAGAUUGUCAAGCUGUUCGACAUGAAAAAGUUUCAGUCGAACGUGAACCGCGAGCUGCGCCGUGCCUACCCGGACCGCCGGCGCCUCGAGACCCAGUGUCUGUCGGCGAUUGCGUUCGUCAAGUCGGAGAACGACAUCCUGGACUGCCCGAUGUGGGUACUGAUCAUCAACGUGGUUGCGAUGGACAUGCUGAAGAGUAAACUACCUCCCGCCUUCUUCCUUCCCCCGGCCCGACUGCCCGUUUCGCCGACCUACCUUCCAGUGCAACGCCCGGUGGACAUCAAGAACCGCCCGCGGAUCCCGAUCCCGGACGAGGACCCGUACAGUGUGGCCGGCAACGGCGGUGGCAGCUCUGGCAGUUCCGGGUUCGGGGCCAGCGGAUCCGGCAUGGUGGCGGCCAGCCGCGAACACCUGAUGCAGCAGCAGCAACCGAUGGUCGUCGGCGGCGGCGUCGGUGGCGGUGGCCAGCGGCGCAGCGAGAAGCCGCCCAAACUACCUCCACGGGACAAUCUGUAUGCCACGCACGAGAUCGGCAAGCCGGACUAUGACGACAUCGAGGACGAGAACCGUGUCAAGCUGCAGCGGGGCAAAUCGGACAAGGGUAAAGAUAACAAGAAAUACGAUGAUCCUUACUACUGUGGACUGCGGGCCCGUGUGCCAAACUUCGGCAAGGCGUCCAAGUCGUCGAAGGAGAACAACAACAACGGACCGGGCGCGACGGCCAACGGGGGCGUCGUCGUCGGUGGCAGCAAGGAAACGGCCGUGGCCGCGAAGCGCCUCUCGAUCGCUCACCUGCAGCACCCGGCCUCGCUGCAGUCACUGCACCAGCUGCACCAAAUGCACCCGCAUCACAACCUGAUGGCCGCCCACCAGCACCACCAGCAGCUGAUGUGGCACGCCCGCAGCUACGAGAGUGGUAUAGAUACGGACGUGGUCGAGUCACCCUAUAGUCACAUGUACGGCCGCGUCCCACUCCCGACCCGGGGCUACAUACCCGCUCCGAGGGCCAUGUACAUCGGCGAAUGGGACUAG